AUGCAGAGAUCACGUAAAGCUCUUCUUUCAAGAAGAGCUUCUGUUGUUCAUAACCCUGUUCAAAGUUGUUCCUCUCGGAUAACUAACACUUUUUGUCAAGUUUCUUUGGUUUUUGUUUUGUGGGGGUUACUUAUUCUUUUCAGCUUAUGGGUCAGUUACACAGAUGGUUCUGAAGAGAUUUCAGAUGGAGUAUCAAAUUGGAAACAAGUUAACCAUGGAUUUUGUGAAAUCUCUGAUACUGCUGAUAAAUAUUUUAUUAAAAGAAAUGAUGCUUGCAUUGCGUCGGAGACUUUAUUAUACUCUCAAGGUGGAGGUACUAAGGCUAAUGGUUUAGCUGAUGAGUCACUCACGUUAUACUAUGCAGUAACCAGUGCUUUUAAAAAAGAAACUACUGAUUCUGCCAAUAGAGAGGAGCAUGUAGUUGAGAGUUCCGAAUCUACUGUCAAACUUGAAAAUGAUGUAAAAAAAACUGAUCUCUUAACUCGGGCUGUGCCUCUUGGUCUUGAUGAAUUCAAGAGCAGGGCGAUCAGUUCUAAAGUUAAGUCAGGCACUGGUCAAUCUGGAAGUGUAAUACAUAGAUUGGAGCCUGGUGGUGCAGAAUAUAAUUAUGCUUCGGCAUCAAAGGGAGCUAAAGUUUUAGGUUCUAAUAAAGAAGGAAAAGGUGCCUCUAAUAUCUUAAGCAGGGACAAAGACAAGUAUCUUCGAAAUCCAUGUUCUGUGGAGGAGAAAUUUGUCAUUAUAGAACUUUCAGAAGAAACCUUAGUAGAUACCGUAGAAAUAGCUAAUUUUGAGCACCACUCUUCCAAUCUGAAAGACUUUGAAAUCCAUGGAAGUCUAAACUUUCCAACAGAUGUUUGGGUUUUCCUUGGGAAUUUUACUGCCUCAAAUGUGAGGCAUGCUCAAAGAUUUGUUCUUAAAGAGCCAAAAUGGGUGAGAUACCUAAAGUUGCAUCUUCAAAGCCACUAUGGUUCAGAGUUUUAUUGCACACUAAGUGUUGUUGAAGUUUUUGGUGUGGAUGCCGUUGAGAGGAUGUUGGAGGAUUUAAUAAAUACUCAAGAUAAUUUAUUUGCAUCUGGAGAAGGUAAUGAUGACAAGAAGACAGUAUCAUCCCAUCCCGAUCCUGCUGAGAGUGAACAUGUUCAUCAAACUACUAUUGAAGGGACCAAUUCAGACCCUGCUUCGGAUAUCUCUUCUGCCAAUCAUGAGACGGCAAACAGUAAUGUUCCUGAUCCAGUUGAAGAAACCCGUCAACAAGUUGGCAGAAUGCCUGGGGAUACUGUUCUCAAGAUUCUAAUGCAGAAAGUCCGUUCUUUAGACUUAAAUUUAUUUGUUUUGGAGCGGUAUAUGGAAGAUUUAAACUCUAGAUAUGUCAAUAUUUUCAAAGAGUACGGCAAAGACAUUGGAGAAAAAGAUAUACUUCUACAGAAGAUCAAAGAAGACAUUGGGAACCUCAUUGUCCAGCAGGAUGCUAUAGCAAAAGAUGCAAGUGAUCUCAAUUCUUGGAAGUCUCGAGUUUCUUCGCAGUUGGAUCAUCUACUUCAGGACAAUGCUGUUUUGAGGUUCGAAGUCGAAAAGGUCCGGGAGAAUCAGGUCUCUUUGGAAAACAAGGGUGUAAUUGUGUUUUUAUUAUGUUGCAUUUUUUCAUUGAUUGCUGUGUUAUUGUUGUGUUUGGAUUUGGCUAAGAAUAUCUAUAGAGCACUAUGUGUUGAUAAAACAGCUGACUCCAGGAAUUUUUGUGUGGGCUCUUCCUGGUUUCUUCUAUUAUUUAGUUGUAUCAUUAUCAUUUUCAUAUUAAUUUUAUAA